AUUAGUGUUGGCGAGACGGGCAGCGAGUAACAGGAAGAUCAUCAAUGUCCAAAGGAAGUCUGUCUUUUCUACAUACAGUAAAUAAGAUAUAUUAUUUAGUGUAGAUUGCCUAACCUGUCAGCAAUGUUUAGAACACGCAACAGCUGAUUGAAGCUCAAUGGGGUCUGGAGCGAGUCAGAAAGAAGAUUCAGACAUGGCCCCGUCUUCACAGAACCCAAAGGAGUCCUCAGAUUCACCGGACUGGUCCUCAAGCCCACCUUCCAUCAUCAUCACUGCUCCAUCACGAGAAGAUAUUUACGCCACAACGUCCAUCUUAUCCAUCGCUGAUGCCGCCAAAGAUCGGAGGCCCCCGUCAGCACCGACUGUUGUUGGCAAAAAAUGGAUCAAGCAAAAAUGAUGCCCUGUCGGUGGAGAAUGGACGUCGCAGGAGAGGAAGAACCGAAGCCAAUAAAACUCAAAUCCAUGAAGAACAAAGUAUUUACAGUGCCUAACAAUGAUAGGUUUGGGAGCUGCCGAAGUGUCCGAGAGUUUGAAAAGCUCAACCGGAUCGGGGAAGGAACCUACGGCAUUGUGUACCGUGCUCGGGACACCAAGUCUGAUGAAAUUGUAGCUCUGAAGAAAGUUCGGAUGGAUAAAGAGAAAGACGGCAUCCCCAUCAGCAGCCUAAGAGAAAUCACCCUGUUGCUGCGGCUCAGACAUCCGAACAUCGUGGAGCUGAAGGAGGUGGUUGUGGGCAGUCAUCUGGAGAGUCUGUUUCUGGUCAUGAGUUACUGUGAGCAGGACCUGGCUAGCCUGCUGGAUAACAUGCAGACACCUUUCACUGAAGCUCAGGUGAAAUGUAUCAUCUUGCAGUUGUUAAGAGGUUUGGAGUAUCUCCAUCACACGUUCAUCAUUCAUAGGGACCUGAAGGUGUCUAAUUUGCUGAUGACAGACAAAGGCUGCGUUAAGAUCGCUGAUUUUGGACUGGCUCGCAUGUAUGGCGUCCCCCAGCAACCCAUGACCCCCAGAGUGGUCACCUUGUGGUACAGAGCUCCAGAGCUCCUCCUUGGAAGUAAGACUCAAACAACAGCUCUGGACAUGUGGGCUGUGGGUUGUAUCCUGGCAGAGCUGCUGGCCCACAAACCCUUACUUCCUGGAACAUCUGAGAUCCAGCAGGUGGACCUAAUAGUCCAGUUACUGGGGACACCGAAUGAAAACAUUUGGCCGGGUUUUACUGCGCUGCCUCUCAUUGGUCAGUACAGUUUGAGGAAGCAGCCCUACAACAACCUGAAGAACAAAUUCACUUGGCUGUCUGAAGCAGGACACAGACUGCUCAACCUGCUUUUCAUGUACAACCCACAGCGAAGAGCUUCUGCCAAAGAUUGUUUGGAGAGUUCCUACUUCAAGGAGAAACCUUUACCCUGCGAGCCCGAACUGAUGCCGACCUUCCCUCACCAUCGCAACAAACGUGCGGCUUAUCAACCGGAGAAACAUUCCAAACGCAGCAAAGUCUGAGCGACGACCAAGUGAAGGAUGGAAUGUUCCAUCCAAGCAGAAAGUGAUGACUCGGCACAGUUUUGUUUUGUUGCUGCUCAGUCCAUCAUUUAUUUCUGAUGUUUUCUUAUUAUUACCAAACGCAUAAACACUUGAUUAUUGGUUCACUUCAGUAUUAUGGAGAAUUAGAGAUGUCUGAUAAAUGCGUUAAAAUAUAAUAUCGGAAAUUAUCUGUAUCGUUUUUUGUUUUUUUUAUUAAAUCAACAUAAAAAACACAAGAUACACUUUCAAUUAGUGCACCAACCCAAAAAACCUCCCUCCUCCAUUUACACUCAUUCACACAAAAGGGUUGUUUCUUUCUGUUAUUAAUAUUCUGGUUCCUACAUUAUAUAUCACUAUAUAUCAAUACAGUCUGCAAGGGAUACAGUCCGUAAGCACACAUGAUUGUGCGUGCUGCGGGUCCACUAAUAGUACUAACCUUUAACAGUUAAUUUUACUCAUUUUCAUUAAUUACUAGUUUCUAUGUAACUGUUUUUAUAUUGUUUGACUUUCUUUUUUAUUCAAGAAAAUGUUUUUAAUUAUUUAUUUUAUUUUAUACAUUUUUUUUAAAAGGACUUUAUCUUCACCAUACCAUGUUGUCCAAAUUAGGCAUAAUAAUGUGUUAAUUCCACGACUGUAUAUAUCGGUUGAUAUCGGUAUCGGUAAUUAAAGAGUUGGACAAUAUCGGAAUAUCGGAUAUCGGCAAAAAGCCAUUAUCGGACAUCUCUAUGGAGAAUACAUUAACUUCAAAUACUCUGGAAUUGUUUGUCAUAAAAAUGCACACAUUCACUGGUUGUUGUAUUCAGUGGUGAAACACGUCAUAUGGCUCUCAUAGAAAAAUGUUUUUAAAUAUUUAGGUGUCAUGGCUCUCUCAGCCAAAAAAGGUUACCAACACCUGUCAUAAAAGAUUCGAAAUCAUAAGAAAAAGUAAGAAUGUUGCCAUUUAAGCACAUUUCUACAUCACACAGCUGGCACACAGACACAUCUUUUCAGCUUUUCCUAAGAUGUCAAACAAACAAAUGGUCAAAUAAAUAUUGUGGUUACAAAUGUGCAGUAGAAUGUGUUACAUUUUUGUUGAGAGUCCUCUUUUUUUAUCAUUUUUUUCCCAUUAAUGGUGGUAGCGUCACAGUGCAUUACACAGUGUUGACAGAGUGUCCAUUGACUUCAGUGGGGGAGCAUAGAGUGGGUUUUUCCACUGCAGCCAAACUAGACAAUCGUUGGAGAAAUGUCCAUUGGAUGGAAUGUGGCCUGGCCGCUGACCUUCCACAUGAUUGGAUGACACUAAAAUGAGCAAAUCAGCAAUCUUGAAACAAAAACCACUGCCAGAGCAUUUUUCAAGUUUUAUUCAAUUUUUCUGUGCUCAUAUGGAGGAUUUUAUAAUCCUCUAACAUUUUCUUUGUAAAAUCUAGCAUCUUUGUAUUUAUUUUAUUGGAGACUGUCAUACUUAGAGAAGAGUUGAAAAAGGGCUUCCCCUACUUGAAAGACAAGCAGCUGGUCUAUCCAUCUGAAUAUAAAACAAAAAUAAACCUUAUGAUUAAGUUA